AGGGCUUCUGCCUCAUAUCUCGCCCUUGUGUGAAGGCCUCCCCAAGUCCAAGGUCCCUUGCCGGCUUUCUGGCCUCACUCCAAGCAGCUCACCGCCUCCUGCCCGUUCCCCAUGCGGCCCUGCUCUUGGCUUCCUCCUCCCUGGCCUGCUCUGGACUCAGCAGCUGUGCUGUCCCUUCACCUCAGCUAACCUUCACAGCCUCUAGAGUCCCAGUUACCGAUGACCACGACUUCCCGAAAACCGUGACAAUCACGGUUGCACGAACUAACAAGAGACGCACAAAGACUCCGGCAAGAUUUAAAACGAGUCACGACCUUCACAGGGCAAACAGCAGCCUGUGUGGCUGCGCAUGCGUAACAAGGCGACUACUUGACAAACCCGCUGUUUGACCGGAGCAGCCAAUCCGCGCGAGGAGGAACCACAGAAAGGCCCCGCCCACACAGCCUGGGUCUUCGCCCCACAGGCGGCUUCACCCGCGGCCCCGCCUCAACAGCCAUAUCUUAGUGCUGACUGGCUGGAAGCUACCACGGUUCUAUUCCGAUUGGCUGUUUCUUGGUCCUAUGCGCAAAGGGAAGGGUGGUAACGGAUGGCCGCUAGAAAGGGGCCUCCUAGAGGCGGAGGAAUCAUCAUUUAUGGAGGCCGCAGUCGGCCUAAGAGAGUUAGACUCUUAUACAGUCCUAAGGGGAGUGGCUACCACCGAGACCCAUAGACCCCGCUUCGUGAGACGACCUACCUCUCAUCGUUUCCGUGUCCUCUAUUCCAGAAGGCCCUUGGAAUCCGCAGUGAAGCCCCCCUCCUCCUGUCUUCCUAACGCGCAAGGGUGGGCCAAAGGCCUAACAGGAUGAAACAUUGGAGACAACUGGGAGAAGCCUCAGAGAUCAGAGAUAACCUCUCACCUCAUGAAUGCGGUCUUCUCCCUCCUCUACCAAACCCCGUCAAAAUAGACAGUCUCAACCUUCUACUGAUGCUGACAUUCAGUCCCUCUUGGAAGAGCAAUACUGGUGCUUGCAGAAGGGGAGAAGCAGAGUUCGGGAGUGUGAGGAGGUGUGGCAGUGAUUGACAUGAGCAGAGGUGGGAUCCUGGGCAUCAGUGCUGAUUUUCAGGUGGACACGCUUGGCAACAGACUUACCGUCUUCCACACAAGGUCCUUUAUAUCCUUUGCAACACUGACUCCAGAAGGGGAAGAAAGAGUUCAGACUGGAUCUUUGCAUUUUCUCCCUCUCAACUUUUAAUACCUCCAGGCUGUCACUUGCACCUGCCAAAGUCUGGCUCUCCUUCACCCACUCUUUCCAGCCUUCCAUCACCCCAAGGCUUGAUUUCCCUGUAAGUCUCAGUGCCUCUUACCCAGAUCUCCCAUCUGGAAGGAAGGAAGAAAAGAAAUCAGACCCAAAUGGACGGCUCCAGAGAUUCUGACGAGGAAUGCAUAUCCAAGAAGCAGGGCAAGCGACCAGCCCUCCUUGAAAGUGAUUUCCUGAAAGCAGCCUUCACUGCCAGUCCAGCCUCUCAGGAAUUAUACUUGGAGAGAGCGAGCAGUUGUUCAUCCUAAACACUCCUAAUGAAUGAAAAGGACAGCGGGGAAGGCAUUGCUGCCUGCCACUGAGUGAAUGGUCAGCCUUUGAGGCCCCUCCAAGAGGGGAUAGACAAGCUCUUCAGCUGUUCUGCACGAACACCUAUGGCCAGUUUGGGCAAAUGGAAGAGAUGAGGCAGUGACUUACCAUUGCGCUUGCAGAAGUCACACACAGGUAGCUGGGCUCUCUCUUGCUGGUUCUGCGCCAGGCUCAACCUAUCCCCUACCUUGGACCAGUGUCAAGACCACGAGGCUCAGGUGAAGUUCUCUUUCUACCUGUUACAGAUGAUGCUAUCUCACAGGGAUGUGGAAGGGAGUGAAGGAUGCCUGACUAAGGACAGAAGCUGCAGGGCAGAGCAAAGGUGCUAGGGCCUUCUGGAGAAGUGGAUCUGAGGUCCUUUCCAUGCUUCCUGGAAACCUCCAAAAGCAAAGAGGGCCCUUUUUGCGAAUGCCUGCUUCAUGGCUGCUACUUCCUCACUGUGACCUGACAGGGCAGAAGAACACUGCUGAAGGGUUUAAUCACUUGAGCUAAGACCCCCUUCCUCCAUGAAGGCACAAUGUGACCUUGAGCAAGACCUUUCUCUUCUCUAGAAUGUAGUUUCUCUGUCGGGGGUUGGGGGGGCUCUCUAUUGAAGACCCCCUUUCUCUUAUGCUGCAGAUCUCUCUGGGCAUCCAACAGGGCCUUCCGAGCUCCAGUUACAGUGAGCCGAGCAGCACAAUCUGAUGACAUCGUCCCCACAAACAUUCAGAGUAGGCUCGGUCAUGGUUCCUAAUUUAUGGAUGAAUAAAUAGGAAGAGGGUAAAUUAGUUGCUCAAGUGCACAUAGCAAGUAACUAACAGAGCCUGGAUUUCACUUCCAAGUAUGUGCAAUUAAUGGUUCUGAAUCUUGAGGUUGACGAACUUUCCUCGCACCAGACCUAGGAGGCAUUCAUUCCACAAAUACAUAUUGAGGGCUGAUCAUGGAGCAGGCCCAUACCCCCGCAGAACCUACGCCGCAAACCUCAAAGGUAUUGUUGCCCUGGGCGGAGCUGUUGGGUUUAAAGAGCUGGAACCCACCUGGGCUGAACCCAGCCCCAGCAGCCUCUCCAGAUCUGCGCCCGGCUCUCAGUCCUGCUCUGCAGCCAUAUCAUGAACAGAGUGACCCGGGGCCUUCUCCUCACACUGGCAGGCCUGCCUGCCUUAGAAGCCAAUGACCUGGUUGAUAAAGACAGUCCCUUCUACUAUGACUGGGAAAGCCUGCAGCUGGGCGGCAUGAUUUUUGGAGGGCUCCUGUGCAUCGCUGGAAUCUUGAUAGCCCUAAGUGGAAAAUGCAAAUGCAAGUAUAAUCAGAAGCACAGCCCCUUACCUGAGAAAGCCAUUCCACUCAUCACUCCAGGAUCUGCCAGUACCUGCUGAGCACAGGACCAGCUCCAUGGCACUCUUGGUACUGGCUCCGAUGCUGUUCCUUCCCCACGUGGGGGCCCUGCGCUCCAUGAUGGCCUUUUCCCCCCACAGUGGGCCCUUAGUCUCCCUUCUGAUCAGAAGGCUGUCCAAAGCUUAUUUCUAAAUUAAACUGUCUCACCCCUCC